AUGAGUAUACCGGGGGAAAGGGUUGGUGCUAGAGGAGAGGUUGAGGUUGAGAAGGUGAGUUCGACUGCUUGGGCAAAUGAGGUGUUGAAAAGUUUGGCAAUUAGAGAUGAAGUAGAGAAGAAAGAUUUACAAUAUUUCCAGGCUUUUGAUCAAUUAUGUGAAAGAAUAAAAGGAUUACAGGAAGAAGCUGCUGCCGCUGCUGCUGCUGCUGCUGCUACACCUUUGUCAUCUUUAGUUACAUCCAAGACUUCAAAGCUGCAACAACAAAUUGAGAGUGGGAUCAUUUUCAAGCAAAAUCAGCAGUUGACUUUGGAAAAUAAUGAUUUGAUCACCAACUUGAAUUCGGUUACUCUCAAGAAUGAAAGGUUGGAAAUGAUUUUGAAUGAAAAGAAUAAGCUGAUAAAGAGUCUCCAAAGGUUGAAUGCUCAAUUAAAACAGAAAACUGAGUCCUUGAGCUUAGAAAUUAAAGAAAAGAAUAAGACUAUUGAAUUUGUAAAUGAUGAAUUAUUAACAUAUCAAAUGCAGAAUAAUGUCCUAAGAGCCCACUAUCAACACUAUCGAGCAGAGCGAGAUAGUGGGGCACACUGA